UGUGGAAGAUGUAGAAAGCAAUAAAAAUAUUAAAACUGUUUUGAGUUCGCCAAACCAAAUAAAUAAGUAAUAACGUUUUGGUUAAGAAAAAACUUUCUCCGACAGUUUAAUAAACAUUUCUUAACCCGCUAAUUAAAAGUCAAUUGAAAGCUUGUACAAUUGACAGGGAUUUAUAUAGCGUAACGCAGAUAACAACGCACGGAAAUAUUCACGUUUUGCCCGUCAUCCAGCGACUAUACCUCUAAUCGUUGCAAGCACUACGUUAGACACCAGAGCCUUUUCAUUCUGGCACUCAGUUCUCGUUCAAAGUCGAAAUCAGUCGGGUCUGAUGCGUAAACGGGGCGUAUACAUGAUGUUGACGCUGUGCGGUGUAGCGACCGCUGCCUUAACCGGUUUUCUUGUGAUUUUCCUCACCGGAAACCAUGGAGCCAACGCGUCUGAAGAAAGUACGGUAAAGGUAGAGCUAUCGAAUGGUCAGGGCGAAGUGCUUGGGAAUUAUGGGUACACAGCUUGGACGGAUCAAACCUUUAUGCAGUUUCGUGGCAUUCCAUUUGCCGAACCGCCAACAAAGGACCUGCGAUUUCGGCCACCUGUGGCUCGAUCACCGUGGACUGGCACUCUCAGCGCCCUGAACUUUGGUCAGCGCUGCCCAGUGAUAACCAAUCUAGAUGGCCAGUUGUCAGAUGCUGAACUCGAGGAUUGUCUGAAUCUGUCGGUCUACACUAAAAACCUAUAUGGUAGCCAGCCUGUAAUGUUUUAUAUCUACGGGGGAGGUUACUACAAUGGGUCCGCAGAGGAUCACCCACCGAACUACAUCCUAGAGAAAGAUGUGGUGCUCGUUGUGCCACAAUAUCGCGUGGGCGCUCUCGGAUGGCUGUCGACUUACACGGAAGAGCUUCCCGGAAACGCUCCCAUUGCGGAUAUCCUUUUGGCUCUCGAUUGGGUCCAAACACACAUCAGCCGCUUUGGUGGUGACCCCCAAAAGGUGACUAUUUUUGGCCAGAGUGCCGGUGGUGGAGUAGCCAGUGCCUUGCUGCUGAGCCCCAAAACUGGCGAGAAUCUGUUCAAGCGAGCGAUUGUGCAGUCGGGCUCGAUUUUCGCCAGCUGGGCUAUCAACAAGGAUCCAAAAGCACAAUCGCAACAGAUCUGUGCCAAGCUGGGAUGUCUGAGCUGCGGCCAGCAGGAUAAGCUAGUGGAAUGCCUACGAGAGGCCAAGGUCAAAGACAUCCUGAUCGCCACGAGUUCGGAGUCUUUUUCGCCUCUUGUGGGAGACCUGCAGGGUAUCCUGCCGCAACAUCCCAGUGAGCUGGUGAAGAGCUAUCGCAGGCAAAUCCCCCUGCUUACCGGGUUUACUCAACACGAUGGCUCGUUCGUUCUAGCAAGCUAUUAUGAUGCUGUCGCUUCUAAAGUGUCGAAUGUGAGUUCGUUGAGUGUUCGUCAGUUUGUACAGGGCAUCAAUAAUUUGGUUAACGAUACGACGGGACUCACAGAUAACACCUUGAGUCGGUUACUGUUUAAACCACAGAUCCUCAACAGCCAUGAUCACAAUGCUGCGGUUCCUGCGUACUUUGAUCUUACUUCAACAAUAUUUAUGAAGUCUCCAGUGAUUACGCUGGCCACAAAAAUUUACGACCAACAACCCCUUACGCCAGUGUAUCUCUAUAGUUUUGAGUACGAGGGCAAAUACACUCGAUUUGGUUAUGAGUUCGGAAAUGCACACUAUCCAUUUAAUGGAGGAGUCCAUCACUCAAACGACAACAUUUAUCUGUUUGCCACUCAUCCCUUGGAGGGAGAGGACACAGAGAUGGCACAGAAAAUGGUAGAAUUGUGGACCUCAUUCGCCAUCGAUGGCGUUCCCAGCGAACUGAGUCCCCUGACCAGUGCCAGUGGGCCAUAUAAUCAACUUAACUUAAAGUUAACUAAAGGCGACGAUUUAUUGGAAACGUUGACGGUAGCAAUAGACGAUCCUGACAAUGGGAGACUGCAGCGUGAAGAUAUGGAGUUUUGAUUGUCCAACCAAUUCAUAGGUAGUAUAAAUAUUUAAAGAAAAAGCGCAUUUCAAAAUGAAAUGAAAAACCGGCUAGCGAUUUACUUUAGUAAACGCCAAAACUAGUAUGUUUGAUUAAAUUAUAAUAUAUGGCUAUGCA